AUGGCUUCUCUUUCAUCCUUGAAUACCUCGGAAAAGCCACCAGAGGCCUCGUUGCCCUUGGGUAUCUUUUCUCCUCCACAGAAUUCCCAUGAAUGGAAGAGAGCCCUCGCCUAUGUAAAAUGGCUAUGUUUCAACCAGCAAUACAAACAAUGUGCCUUGCGUUGCAAUCAGCUCAUAGACACCGCGUCUAAUCCGCUCCACCCAAUCCGUGCCACCUACCUCCACUACUAUGCAGCCACAUCAUAUGAGUACAUGGGACGAGCAGCUCAUAUCUUUUCGGCUGUCAAAGUCCGGCUUCUGACUUCUGCCAUGGAGCGGUUUCAGACUGCCUAUGAGUUUUUGCCAGCUACUAUUCCACUGCCGGUUCUAAAUCCCAACCAGACAUACUCGCCAGUGACUUUCCUCCAUUCGCCUGGUUCAUCUCCUCGGUCUUCCGUUAGUGUUGUCAUGUGGAGCCCACCUUUGCUAAACAACGAUGUCGCUCCUGGUCCUGCUUCAACUUCUGGGGCUCUGUCAUAUGAGAAUUUGUCGGCGCAUAAUGCUAUCCAGAUGCAAACUCCUCCCCCGCCUGUCCCGUUUUCUUCUUCCUCUUCGAACUCGACUAUUACUACUGCUUUUUGUAUCACGCCACCUCCUGCUGCUCGAGAAGUCUCGCGUCUUGAAUAUGACGCUCCCCCUCCAGCUUUUCAUAUCCCACCUCCAACUCGCAAGCCCCCUCCUCCGCCAUGCGACGUUUCUCCCCGCCUGGCUACGAGAGACCAAUUGAUCUCCUUUAACAGUGCUAAAGAUAGGCUUCCCAACGGGGGAUCUAUCGUCCGAAACAUUGCCCGAAUGAUUGAUAACUCUAUCUUCACGAGAGGCGACGACCCUUUUGUGACCCACGCGCCGCCAAAACCUCGCAUCUUAGAUCCACCGCUAGUGCGUCUGUCUCCCAUUAAGUUCCCAACCGGACUUGACGAUCCAGUAAAGCGUAGGGAGCUUAUUCCGCCCCCGCUUGCGAUCCGGAAGAAUUCCGGCGAGGUACACAUGUGCAAAAGUGCUGGAACGGUAAUUUGUGGAGGUCCAGAGCAAGAGACGUCUAAGUUUGAGGUGAAUCGACCCGUCCGAAGUCGCCCUCCCCGGCUGCCCUUGAAGAUAAUCCCAUCCAAUCGUUUGAAUGCUAACACAGAAAAGCCGAGCACUUCAACCCCAGCACUGCAGCUGAAGCGUCUGAGUCCCGCCCUUCUUGGGUUCAUGGCUACGCCUCCAUCGACACCCACCCCUGUUCUGAGAAAGAAGAAACCCUUCCUCGGUUCGCCAUUCACCAGCCGCGUAGGCUUACCAGAGCAGGACAGUGUUCAGUCACUCUCAUCGCAGUUGACAAAGCCAUCCACCGCGUCUGUCAGCGCUGCGCGCGCCUCCCAGAUCAAUGAGUUCAACGAAGCCGUCAAAUGGCUCCGUGAGCAUAUUCCCGCCGACGUGACCGGGCUACGCAAGCAGAUCAAGCAUGUUUCGGAUCUUCAGCAGGCUCGUCGUUCUCGGAACACGACGAUGGCCCGCUCUGCCUCUUUCUGGACUUUUUCGCCCGUUAAGUCGAACCCCGGUGAACCACAGGCACCUCCUGUGAUUGAGGGCCCUAAUCUCGAUGCGUAUGGAAACGUUAUUCGGACUGAGACUAAGGUGCAGCGUAUUAAACGGCUCAGGGAGGAGGAUUGGAGGAUUGGUAUUCGGUCGAAACAUAGUCUCUGGAAGGGGUCUGAGUACUACGAUAACCUUUGCGAAACUGCUUUGGCUGAGCUUGGUGAGACAGGUUAUGGGUCUCGCGAAUGGUUGAAGCGAUGA